CGUGUGCCAACCUGUAGUAAGGAGACAUCUGGAGCACCCGUUCCGUGCUUGUCGAAGGUGAUAAAGAAGAGGUUUUCGCUCCCUGCGUCGAAGAAGCGGUAGGUCUGUACAAACCAAGCCAUACGCGCAAGAGAAUCAUGGCGCUUCCACCCUUUGGAUCGUCGCCCUUUGGCCUUCUGGCCAUCGGUGUUCUGCUGUUGUCCUUCUCCCUAUAUCGAUAUCUCUUACCAAAACCAAUUCCGGGAAUUCCUUACAACAAAAAUGCGGCAAGAAGACUACUGGGAGAUAUGCCAGAAUUUGGCAAAUCCGUCAAUGAGACAAAAGAGGUCAACAAGUGGCUGGUGGACCAAUGCCGUGCCCACAACUCGGCCAUAUGCCAGGUGUUUGUCCGGCCCUUUGCAAAGCCGUGGGUGGUCAUUUGUGACUACCGAGAAGCACAAGACAUCAUGUCACGUCGUGUCCGCGAGUUUGAUCGAAGCAAGAUCAGUCAGGAUUCCCUCAAAACGGUAUCGCCUCAUUUCCAGCUGUGUCUUGCCACCAAUGAUGAAUGGAGGUCGAAUCGAAAACUCAUGAACGAUACCAUGUCCACUCCAUUUCUGAGCAAUGUGGUGGGGCCCAUUAUGCACUCCAUCUCGCUGGAUCUCAUGGACUUGUGGAGGCAUAAGAUCAGGUUGUCGAAAGGACAUCCUUUUUCUGCCUUUGAUGAUGUCUUCAAAGGAGCUUUGGAUAUCAUCUGUCAGGCAACUUUCGGCGUCAAGGUGGGCGCGAUCAGAAGACAGAUCGAUCUGCUCAGCGAAACGAUUCAAGUACCUCUUGACAGUGAUCCACAAGUUGCAGCCGUCUUGCCAGCUGCUGAAGACCCGGAAUUCUUCAAUGCGAUUUUGAAGAUCUCUGCUACAGUCGAAUGGGCUCUCAAACUUCCCUUUUCACAUCUUGUGCACCGAUUCAUCCUCAACUUCGUGCCCUCUGCGGCCAAAGCCAUUCGAGUCAAAGACCAAACCAUCAGUGACGAGCUCCAAGCCGCCUUCGACAAAUUCUCGCAAACCAACACGAAAAAGCAGGACGUCACCAGCGCCUUGGAGCUCAUUGUCAUGAAAGAAUUCCAAGCAGCAGCCAAAGAAGGCCGUCAAGCUCGACCUGACACACCACAACUCCGCGAUGAGCUCUACGGCUUUAUUCUAGGAGGCCACGAAACAUCUUCCACAGCAAUCGUAUGGACUCUCAAACUCCUUGCGCGCCAUCAAAACAUUCAAGACAAAUUCCGUGCUGCCCUGCACGAAUACCAUUCACGAGCGAAACGCGACGGCGAUCAGCCCACCGUUGAGGAAAUCAUCAAUCCGGAUCAACCGUAUACGGAUGCUUUGAUUGAAGAAUGUCUGCGUGUCGCGGGAGUCUUGCCCGUUAUGGCGAGAGAUGCCAUGGUGGAUACGGAAGUGUUGGGAUAUGUGAUACCGAAAGGAACGCAAAUUUUCAUGGCAGCACUCGGCCCCGAUUUCAUCGAAACACCCAUUCCCGUACCCGAAACCUCUCGUUCUCCAUCCAGUCAAGCGUCCAAAGAGAAAAAUGGCACAUGGGAUCCUCAAACAAUUAGCGAAUUUCAACCAGAUCGCUGGCUCACAUUUUCUCCGGAUGAUGGGGGGAAAAUGGUGUUUAACCCUCGCGCGGGACAGAGUUUCCCCUUUGGAGGGGGGAUUCGAUCGUGUUUUGGACGCAAAAUGGCCUAUCUCGAAUUGCGUGUGCUGUUGACGUUGAUUGUGUGGAAUUUUAAGUUGGAGCCGGUUCCGCUGAAGUAUGAUACUUGGGCUGCGAGGGAUUCGGUUACACAUGCACCGCAGGAGACGUAUGUGAAGCUUGUGGAGAUUGUUCGAUAAAAAUAAGGGGCGAGAUGAUAUUUUCCACGGGAAGGGAGGAGGGUAUCUGGCAGUGGUCUAUAGUUUACUCUUGAUAUCGGCUUCCAGAUAUGUCUGCUGAGCUUUCAAGACUUCCACACACUCUGUCACCAUCUCUUCCAAAAUCUCCUUUGCCGGUUGGAUCUUCUCAAUAGCACCAGCGACCUGGCCCAUCAAAUGUGGAAUGUCGAUAGUAUCCUGUUUGUCGUCGGGCAAGUUCUCCAUGUCAUGAGCCAAAGGCACUAUCCCCUGGUCACACAACCUCUUCACCUCCUCAGGUCUGUCCACCUCCCAAGACUUGAUAUAAUCAUUCAUCUUUACCCGCAGCGGUCUUCCGGAAACUACAAGCGUUCUUAGUGUAUCCUCGAAUUGCGCAGUGACAACAGCUUCUUUGUGUUGCUGCGAACAACCCGCUUCAGUCGAAGCCACGAAACGUGUCCCCACCCAGGCCCCCACAGCUCCAUACGAUAGACUCGCAGCCAAAGACCUCCCGUUAUAGAUCCCACCAGCAGCAAUAACCAUCGCCGUCUUCCCCGUCAAAGGGGACUUGUACUGUCUCGCCACAUCCACCACGCUCGGGAUCAAGAUACUCGUUGCGAUGUCACCAGUGUGUCCACCUCCUUCCCCUCCUUGCGCGCAAACAAUAUCCACGCCCGCUUUCAGCGCUUUGUGCGCAUGUUUAGGAUGUCCCACCAUGUUCAUAAUCAAAAUGCCCGCUUCAUGCAAACGUUUGAUGACAUGAGCGGGCGGAACACCCACAGCAGACACGAACAGUUUGGCCUUCUCCUCAAUCACCACAUCAAUUAAUUCGUCCAAUUGACCGUGUGUGUAAUCAUGAUUGGUCUUUCGAGCGCUACCACCGACUUGUGGCAAAGCGAGGUCAACGCCAAAGGGGAGAUUUGGAUCUUGCAGAUUCGCCUUUAUCUCGUGGAUAAUGUCUCGCAUGGCUUGGGGUGUGUAGCCGAGGCCGCCGAUGACUCCGAGACCACCUGCGUUACUGACUGCCGCGGCGAGGGGGCCAGAGGAAGUGCGUGCCAUGCCGGCGAGGAUCACGGGGUAUUCUAUGCCGAGAAGGUCGCAGAUGGGAGUGCGCAGGAUAGGGCGAGGCUGGGUGCCAUCGGUGGAGGCGGAGAUGUUCAUG